AUGAACCAAUCAUCGUUCAAUGCUGUUAGCACACUUGGCAUUCCCGCAUAUGUCUCUAAAGCCUUUCUUAGCCAGCGCCAAGAGCGGAUAUCUGAUCGGCCAGCUUGUUUCUACCAUCGGUCGUCUUUUCCUCAAGUAGCCUCAUUUCCAUCUCAAAACUCAAGCUACUACUCUUCCAGUGCCUCCUAA